AUGCCCGGGCAGGAAGUGCAAAUCUGCAAACACCUGCAAGCGGAGGUACUUCCCAACGCCGAGAGCCGGCUCCCGCGACCGCUCCAGGGCGGGGCAUCGACAAGAGCCAAUCAGGAGCCGGUCUCGGCCGCCUCCCGGGACUCCGGAACUUUGGAGCGUGGGGGCUGCGGGGAGGUGGGGACCCACGGAACUGAUGGCGUGAGCGCGGUGAGUGCGCUACUCAGCUCGCCUACUCCCGGAGCGGCGGGUGCCGGCUUCUCCGUCCCCAUUUUGUCCCCGCGCGUUCCUCCUGGGCGACGGCCCUUCGGCGUCCUGGCUGCCUGGGACGUGACUUUCCGGGCGGCGGCCUGGCUGCUCCUGUGGGUGGCGGCUGGGCUCCCCAGCACACCUGCCACGACCCCGACUCAGACCCAGACCCGGACCGACACAGGCACAAAUGCCACUUGUUCUGAAAUCAUUUUGAGACAAGAAGUUUUGAAAGAUGGUUUUCACAGAGACCUUUUAGUAAAAGUGAAAUUCGGAGAGAGCAUUGAGGACUUCCAGACAUGCCGACUCUUACUCAGACAGCACAUCCCCGCCGGACUCCUUGUGGAUCCAUACGAGUUGGCUUCAUUAGAAGAAAAAAACUUAACAGAGUCAGUGAUUACUUCAGAAGAUAAUAAUAUAGAGGCACCCAGUUAUUUAUCCAAAGAAUUGGAAGUUCUCAUGUAUGCUACACAAGAUCCAAAGUGCAUUGACUGUUUCCAGGCUUUUAUACCUGUGCACUACCGCUACCAUCGGCCUCACAGUAAGGAUGGAGAGACUUUUAUUGUGAUCAAUGAUCCUGAUUUAUUGAUGUAUUGUGACCAAGAAUUUCCGAUUUUGAAAUGCUGGAGUCGGUCAAAAGUGGCACUUCCUUGUACUCUGAAGAGUAAGGAUAUCUGCCUAUGGAACAAUAUGAAAUAUAAAUCAGUGUCCGGGAACGUGACUCUGCAGGUUCCGGUCGGGCUGACUGUCCACACCUCCUUAGUGUGUGCCGUCACUCUGCUCGUCACCUUCCUGUGUUCCACUUUGAUCCUUGUGGCCAUUUUCAAAUAUGGAGAUUUUUCAUUACUAUAAUAUUUAUGCUGUUAAAUGCUUUAUGUAAACCUAAAUGACACCUAUCCCUUUAUGACUAGAGAAUUAUAUAACUAUGUUAUUCCUUUUGUCAUUUUUGGCAAAAAUUGGUUUUCUGAGGAAAUUUUGGAUUACUCUCACCUGAUUCCAGAAUUAUAAAAUGCUGAGGAAUGAUCCUGGGUUGGCUGUGUGCAAGGCAAGCGUCCUAACUGCUGUACUAUCUCUUUGGUCCUAUUUUGGUAUUGGAAAUAAAUGUUUUAUAACAGGA